AUGGUCGUCUGCUCCUACUUUCUUCGAGGGCAGUGCCGAUUUGGAGAUGCUUGCAAGAACGAGGUGAGUCCGUCAAGUGAAAGACAACAUCAGGGGCGUCAUCCCAAGAUGAUUAAGCGCAGAGCGCAGCCAUGACUGAAGCUCGCAUCCUCCUCUGUGCACUCGCUCCAUGGAUGUGACUUGUCUAGCAUCCUCGCAACGGGCAAGCAGGAGGCAGCACCUUUGGUGCAUCCACCGGCAACAACGUGUGGGUGGCUGGAGGCAACAGGAACAACGCUGGUUCUGGGAGAGGUGGUGCUUUCGCCCCACCCUCGACCUUUGGUGUGAGCACUACUGGCGGGUCGGGAGCAGGAGCUUCGGCAUUCGGGACGGCCAGCGCGUUCGGUCGACCUUCGAGCUUCGGCAACAAUGCCCAGUCAAACAACACAUCCGCGAAUCAAAUUGCAGGUGCAGUGCAAGGUUUGCCGCCAGGUAUCACUGGCAUCGCGUGGAAAGCGGGAAGCGCGGAGCUCUCGCCACACAACAUCGCGGACGAUGUGAAAGCGCAGAACAGGCCUGUUUGGAAAUUGAGCAGCUACGGGCCUGCUCGGAAUGAGCCUUCACUGAAAGACACUGGAGACGUGUCCCUAGAGGAGAUGCGAUUGAAGGCCAUCGAGCUUGUGGCUCAAGGCAGGGGCAACGAGUAUGUGAGUACAUCACACGUCCUCAUGUGGGCUUCGCAACGUACAGCGGGGGCGAUGGAGCUGCCUGCUCAUCUUGCGCCUCUCAUAUGCCGUCCACAGGUCAACUUGGAAGCGCAACUCAAUGCGGCCGCAGAUGCAGAGUACGAUGCGAUCUUGAGAGAUACGCAAGCUGCAUACCGUAAAGCGGCGUCCAAUCAGCAGCAAUCGCUGAACGAAUUCAACAAGAAGUACGGCACGAAUACCCGUGGCGGCAACACUGCCAGCGCGUUUUCUCAGCCACAAGGAGCAAGCACAAGUGCCUUCGGCUCAGGCGCUCCAUCGACCUCUGCUUUCGGCCCCACAUCCACUUUCGGCUCCGGUAGCAGUUCGGCUUUUGGUGCGCCCGCUGCCUCGAAUUCUGGCUUUGGCAGCACGAGCGCAUUUGGGGCUGCUGCCCAGCCGACCAGCGCGUUCGGCUCCACCAGCGCCUUUGGAGCGCGAGCUCCAAGCGCAUUCGGUGCGUCUGCUUCGGGAAGCGCGUUUGGUUCAUCCGUUGCCCCUAGCGCGUUUGGUGCAACCUCGGCCCCGAGCGCUUUUGGGGCCACUUCUGCGCCUAGUGCUUUUGGUGCGACAUCUGCUCAAAGCGCCUUUGGCUCGACGAACACACCCAGCGCCUUCGGUUCACCUUCCGCGGUCAGCGCUUCAAAGCCCAGUGCCUUUGGAAGCGCGGCAGCUCCGAGCGCUUUUGGCAGCCCAACUGCGCCAAGCACUGGAAGCACAUUUGGCUCGACGGCAGGUCCGAGCGCUUUUGGCACGACUUCUGCAUUUGGUGCGAGCGCAGGCUCCAGCGCGUUUGGGACGCCGAGCGCAUUCGGUGCCGUCAACCCAUCCCCUGCGCCAGCUUCCACCUCAGCGUUUGGUGCACGGUCGCAGCAGAGCGGUGCGAGCGCCUUUGGCUCUCCAAGCGCUUUCGGCGCCCCAAGCAAAUCAUCGGCAUUUAAUGCACCCCCUGCACCCUCAUCUGCUUUCGGCACGCCGAAUACUUCAACUUUUGGAUCCAAUUUGCCAGGGCAAACGCAGUCGGCUUUUGGCGCUCCCAGCGCUUUCGGCGCAUCUGCUUUCGGAUCUGCUGCGCCGGGCCACAUCGCAUCGAACUCGGCUUUCGGAGCACCGAGCAAUGCUUCACAAUCGACCUCUGUCUUUGGAGGGGGUGCGAGCACUCAAAGUGUGAACAGCGCCUUCGGAACGAGCGCCUUCGCAACUGCCCCCCCUACAGGGCUGGGGGCAGCAGCGAAAGCAGCAGCGAAAGCAGCAGACCCAUUUGCGGACCAAGCACCAAAGGAGACAGACCUGCCUCAAGCCGUGUUACAGCUCUUCGCUGCGGAUGCUUUCGAGUGGGGAGCCGUUCCUGGUGUAGAGCCGCCUUUGAGCGUCAGGUAA